AAGAAAGUCUUUUCCACAUUCACAGAAAUGGAUUUUAAAAAGCACACCAGGAGGUCAGGAACAAAGCCUGGGUGGCCGGCUUAGGAGCGCAGGGCGGGAUGCUCAGACCUGCCAGUUCUGAACCAGCAAAGAAACGCGCUUGGUGACAGCCUGGGGGAAACUUUUGCAGGCAAAGGAUUAAUACCCAGAAUACAAAGAACACAGACAAACCAAUGAGAAAAAGAAGUCGCGCUGGAGAAAAUGAGCAAACCCUCUGCCAGGACGAGUCAUGAGGCUCAGACGCUGACAGACCGCCAGGAAGACGGGGAAGCCAAGGCAGAGGCCCAACAGGUUCCUGAUAGGUGUCAGCAUCAAUGGUGUGUUGGCCUCCCAAAAUGAGACGGGAAAUGUUCCCUCAUUUUCUAUUCUUUGUGCAGGUUUGUGUGAGGUCAGUGAUAUUUCUUCAACUGUUUAGAGGAAUUCCUCAAGGAAAACAUCUGAACCUAGAAUUUUCUUUGUGGGAAGAUUUUAAAUUAUGAAUUAAAUUUAUUUAAUUGUUAUAGGAUUAUCCAGAUUUUCUAUUGCUUCUAGCGUCAGUUUGGGUAAAUUGUUUCAUUUAAAUUUCAAAUUACUGUCAUAAAGUUGUUCAUAAUAUACUCUUAAUAGCUUUUUAAUGUUUGUAGUAUCUGUGGUGAUGUCCUCUUUUCAUUCCUGACAUUGGAAUUUGUGUUUUCUUUUUUUACCCAUUAUUUCCAGGGGAUUAUCCAUUCUAUUAAUCUCUUUUGGCUUGGUUGAGUUUCCCUGAUUUUUGCUUUGUUUCAUUAAUUUCUGCUUUUAUUUUUAUUUCCUCUCAUCUUUAGAUUUAACUUGUUGUUCUUUUUCUAGCUUCUUGAAUUGGAGCUUAGAGCAUUAAUUUUAACCUUUCUUCUAAAGCUAUAAAUUUUCCUUGAAGCACUGCUUUACCUAUAUCCCACAGCAUUUGAUAUGUCAUGUUUUCACUGUAGUUCACUUCAAAAUAUUUUACGACUUCCCUCGUGAUUACUAUUUGACCCACUGAUUAUUUAGAAGUGUGAUAUUUAAUUUCCAAGUACUUGGAGGCUUUCUCAUAGUUUUCCUGUUUUUGAGUUUUAGUUUAAUUCAUAGAGGACACACUUGUAUGAUUUCAAUCCUUUGAAAUUUGUUGAGACUUCAUGGCCCAGGAUAUGGUCUAUUUUGUUUAACAUCCUAUGUGCACACGGAAAGAACAUGUAUUCAACAGCUAUUGGGUGAAGUGUUGUAUGUAUGUGAAUUAAGGCAAGUGGGUUCAUCCUGUUGAGACGUUGACUCAAGGAUAGUGAAAUAGGGACUUCCCUAGUGGUCCAGUGGUUAAGACUCUGUGCCUCCUAGGCAGGGGCCGUGGGCUCGAUCCCUGGUCACGGAACUAAGAUCCCACAUGCCAAAAAAAAAAAAAAAAAAAGGGUAGAGAAAUAGACCAGUGGGAUAGAAAAGAGUCCAGAACAGAUCCUCACAUACACAGUCACUUGGUGUAUAAUGGGGACUCUUCUCCAAUUCAGUGGAAAGAUGAGGGCCCUUUCAAUAACCGAUGAUGGUCUACUGGAUAUCCAUAUAGAAAAAAUGAGCUCUGACUCCCUACCACAAUAUUCACAGGAAUUAAUUUGUGAUCCACCAUAGAUCUAAAUGUGAAUGCUAAAACAAUUAAGCUUCUAAAAGAAAACACGGGAGAAUAUCCUAAUAAAAAAGCACUAAACAUGAGAAAAGAUUGAUAAAUUGGACGUCACUGAGAAAAUUCCUGUUCAAUAUAAGCAACAGCAAACCACAGAAUGGCAGAAGGUAUUUGCAAUACCUUCCAUACAAUGCAAAUCCAAGUACCCACCUCCAAUACCAAGCCAUGUGUAAGACCAGGGACAGAGCAUCCAGAAUAUAUAAAGAACCUCUAGGAAUCAAUACGAUAAUGAAGCCGGCUGUGAAUCCAGGCGGCUGGUGCCAGAGCCAGGUCCUAAUCACUGGGACAGUGGGGGACAGCUCCUGCCCCGUGGCCCUCCUUGAGCGCAUACCGGGAACUCGCUCGGUCCUCCUUAAGCGGUGAGGCGGCGGGGAAGCUCUGGCCGUGGCUCCGCCCCGGGGUUGCCUUUCCCUUAGAAGGCAAAGCCCCAAGCCUCGCCUAUCGCCCGGCGGAAAGUUGCGCUGUGCUGUCCGCACUCGCCUCGCCCCCGACGCCGCCGCCGGAGGCCCCGUAGGGCCCGAGACCCCGCGCCCUCAGCGCUCCAGCCCGGCUCAGGCGUGGACAGGGCGGGCGCCGGGGCGGGGCGCGCGUCCUCGCCAGUUUGAAUGGAAGGAUCCAGAUCUGCGGAGACGGCGGCCAGCAGAUACUGAGGCCAGCACUCCUCCCCAGCCCCCGCGCCCGAGACAUGCGGCGGGAGAGGUGAGCAGGGCGGGCCGCGCCAUGGGAACGGCGAGGCCGGGGACAAACACCGAGGACGGCGAGGCGCGGAGGUGCGGCGCCCCCCGCCCGCGUCCCCGCCAUGGAGGUGCUGCGGCGCUCCUCGGUCUUCGCCGCCGAGAUCAUGGACGCCUUUGACCGCUCGCCCACCGACAAGGAGCUGGUGGCCCAGGCCAAGGCGCUCGGCCGGGAGUUCGUGCACGCGCGGCUGCUGCGCGCCGGCCUCGCCUGGAGCGCGCCGGAGCGCGCCGCGCCCGCCCCCGGCGGCCGCCUGGCCGAAGUGUGCACGGUGCUGCUGCGCCUGGCGGACGAGCUGGAGCUGAUCCGGCCCAGCGUCUACCGCAACGUGGCCCGCCAGCUGAACAUCCCCCUGCAGUCCGAGACCGUGGUGACCGACGCCUUCCUGGCUGUGGCGGCCCAGAUCGUUUCUGCAGGAAUCACCUGGGGCAAGGUUGUGUCCCUGUACUCAGUGGCUGCGGGGCUGGCCGUGGACUGCGUGCGACAGGCCCAGCCCGCCCUGGUCCACGCCCUCGUUGACUGCCUCGGGGAGUUCGUGCGCAAGACCCUGGCGACCUGGCUGCGGAGACGCGGUGGAUGGACGGAUGUGCUCAAGUGCGUGGUCAGCACCGACCCCGGCCUCCGCUCCCACUGGCUCGUGGCUGCGCUCUGCAGCUGUGGCCGCUUCCUGAAGGCUGCGUUCUUCAUGCUGCUGCCGGAGAGAUGAGCUGCUGGCUUGGGCAGGGGCCGCAGCCCGGCCCCCUUACAUGGGAGGCCCUCAGCCCCCGAAAGCAUCACCCUCCGCCCCACCCAAGCCAGGAAGACCCUCGGAGCCCCGCGUCGAAGCUGGAAGCCCUGCCCUGAGCCCCUCCUCCACAGACCCAGGCCCUCUGGACAGGGAAGAGGGGGGCUUCCUGGCCCUGGAGCUGGGCUUCAGGGCCGACAGGGGCCCUUCCCCAUCAUUCCCCCUCCCGUGGAACCCCCGCUGGUCCCCUUGUUUCUAGAGCCAGAAAGUCAGGGUCACGUCCCAGGCCCUGAAGGAAGGGAGUCGGGCCCCAUCUGUGUGCGGUUCCCACGUCAGGACAUGAGCUGGCCUCGGUCCUCCUGGGCAGGGGGCCUGGACUCUGGGCCUGAAGGUGACUCUCGAGGCCGGAGGAGCUGUGGAGUGUUACUGACUCCGCCCGUGGGGCCUAAGGCUCGUGUGGUGGUUGCUGAACCUGUUUCUAGAGGGAGGGCGUGUCCCCCGCGCACCCGGGUGGGUCUCUGUGUGGCAGGGUCCUGUGGACGCGGGAGCCCACGACCGAGAAGGAUGGUGUGUUUGUCCAAUCCCAAUAAAGUUCCGCAGCCGUGGAGGGUGA